UCAAACAUGGCGGAUGACGAAGAAGCUGAUGCUCGUCAAGCUGAUCCUUAUGGACCCAGAUUAAUUGAACUGUGCCGAGGAGAAAAUGGAUUUGGAUUUAAUGUUCGUGGCCAGGUAUCAGAAGGGGGGCAGCUGAGGUCAAUAAAUGGAGAAUUGUAUGCACCGUUGCAGCAUGUAAGCGCUGUAUUGGAAAGUGGCCCUGCUCACAGUGGAGGUGUCAGGAUUGGUGAUCGAAUCCUUGAAGUGAAUGGUGAAAAUGUGGAGGGUGCUACUCACAAACAUGUAGUGAACCUGAUAAAGAAAGGUGGAGAUAAACUGACCUUAGUCGUGAUAUCUGUCAGCCAAAACGAAGCUGAGAAAUUUGAUAGUGAGAGCUCAUCAGGUGGGGAAUAUUAUGAUUACUCAGACAAGAGAGCUGUACCAUUAUCAAUUCCUGAGACAAGACAAGUUGUUAGUAAUGGUGAAACAUUUGUGGUAUAUAAUAUCUAUUAUGGAGACAAGCAUAUUUGUUCCAGGAGAUACAAAGAAUUUUCAAACUUGCACAGCCAGCUUAAAAAGGAGUUUAGAGAUUUCCAGUUUCCAAAGUUUCCUGGAAAGUGGCCAUUUCACUUAUCUGAUCAGCAAAUAGAGACCCGUAGAAAAGCUCUGGAAUUCUAUUUUGAUCAAGUUAAUUCAGUUAAAGUUAUUGGAGAGUCAGAUGCCAUGGUAGAAUUUCUUAAAUCUUCAGAAAACCAACUUCAGCAAGAGAAAGAAGAGGAAGAUGGUUCAAUGAAAGUUGAGUUGAGAGUAUUUUUACCAGAUGAGUCCAUUACAACUGUGACUGUUUUGAAAUGUCACAAAACAGUUCAAGUAUAUCAGGCCAUGACAGAAAAGCUAAACUUGGUUGAAGGUAGCAUCUCAAACUUUGCACUCUUUGAGAUUGGUGAGGAUGGUUUUGAACGCAAACUUGAACAGAAUGAGUUCCCUCACAACUUAUAUAUCAAGAGUUAUACUGCAUCAUCUACAACCUGUCUUGCAUUUCGAAAGUGGAUAUUUACCUUAGCAAGGGAGGUGCAGAUGAACAAUGACGAGAGUGCAGUAAAUCUCCUAUAUACCCAGGCCGUUAGUGACUUAAGAACACGGAAACUGUCCCCUGGAAAAAACCUCCAAAAGCUUAAAGACCUGAAGGCAGCAAAUAAAAAGAAAGAGUAUCUUGAUGUUGCAAGAACGUUAGAUGGGUAUGCAACUGUUGUUUUUCCUCACUGUGGUUGCGAUGCGAGAAAAAGUGGUCAUGUGAUCGUAUCCAUAAGUUUAAACUCUUUCCGACUACGAGCGUGUUCCAGCGAGGGUGAAAAAGAGGAGCAGGAGCACACAUUCAACUGGGAGGAGCUGACACAGUGGGAGGCUGAUAGAGAAGCAAUGGCAUUUUGUUUUGAGUACAAAAAAGGCGACAAAAAGCCAAGAUGGGUUAAAAUAUAUUCCACAUAUUUUGUUUAUAUGAAUGCGUGCGUUGACAGAGUCAUGGCUGAGAUGGAAAUGAAUAAAAAGGAUGGUAUGUUACCACUGUAUCCAGGCGGAAUAGAAACAAACAUGCCAUCAGAAGAAGCAACCGGAGACGUGACAAAUUCACAGGAGACGGAAACCAAUCCCGCUUUCAACCAGAGGGGUCAUACCAAACCAUACGCUGCCAAGAAUAAUAAAUUUUCAAUGCCGAGAACGUCCUCAAAGAAUUUGCAUUCCACCAUCGAAGACGAAGACUUGUGAAUUAAGAGCAACUAAUAUGGAGUGAAAAUUUCUUUCCUCGCUAUGGAUCACCAGACGCACGCAACGUGUAGCGUGUUGCUAACAGAGCUUCAAUUUGGGUCUAGUUACCAGUGACCAUUAUUGAGGCUUUUGUGAUGCGUAUGAACUGUCUUCUCCUGAUAGAUAUUACUGUGUACUCACAGCUAACUUCUACUGAUAUAGGUCUGUGUAAAGUACACUUGCUCCAAGAUUUACCCUUUGAACCCUUGACACAUAACAUAAUAAUCAACUACAACUGCAACCUUGAAUGAAGUCUCAAAGUCUUGCAUCUUUGGUAGAUAGAAUACGUCGGUGAUCUUUCAUGCCUAAAAAAACUUACACCGUUUCUGACCUGUGAAUCUUUCCUUUGAGGUCAUUUGUUGAUUCUAAGGAACCAUUGGGAUUUGUUAACCACGUAGGAAAGUCUGAUUCAUAUCAAACAUGGACUGAAUUUGAUUUUGAAUACUAAACUAUUUUCAUUCUAGGAUGCAUGUAAAUAAGUGAAGGUAUUAAAAAUUAUCUCUCUCGUUCCCGGCACAAAGGGAGCAUAAGGAGAAGGCAAUUGGAGAAAAUUACAGAUUAAAAAUAGUAGUAGGGGUUUUUGGUUGGAAAAAAGACUGCAGUAGUUUUAAGUUAAAAAGGCAGGUCUUCCAAGAAAUAAGCGCAUAGUUUUUUGUCUAGCUAUUCAUAUGAUAUAGAUAUCAAAUACAGAGUCCAAGUAAGAAGUUGUGAUUUAAACAGACAAUACCAGGACAAAUACUUAACUAGAUCUGAGUCAGUAAGUUAUCCAAUGUGGCCAGUAAGAUAUAUUUUAGAAACAGGAAAUGCGUGGCGGGUACCAACGUGCAUUUGAACCUGAAUUGUUGAAUUAAAUAUUAUUAGUACUUUGUUUGGUAAAAU